AUGAACAAAUUAAAUUUUGAAAAAAAAAAAAAAAAUGGGGAUACUAGUGAAUGUGAAAAAAGCCAAGAUUCUGACGAUGAAAUAAUGGUUGUUAAUAGAAAAAUAAAAUCCAAAAUUUACCUAACUCCAGAUAAAAAAAAAAAAAAUGAGGUUAAAAAUAACCAUCAAGUAAAGAAAAUGUAUACUAACACAUUUCAAUCGAAUGAUAAUAUCCAUAGUAAAGGUACAAACAUUCGUUCAAUAAAAAAUCUGUCUUCUUUUCAUGUUCAUAAUAAAGACUAUAAAUUAAAUAAAAAUGUAACUUCAAUUAUUAUGGACCAAAAAGAUAAAAACGAUAUUAAUAGGUCAAGUAAAAAAAAACAUGAGAAUAAAACAGCUUUGGAAAGUAUCAUGAAAACAGGAAUAAAUACAUUACAGAGUAAUGAGAAAAAAGUAGAUAUAUAUGAACAAAAUGUAGAAACAAAAGAAAAUGAUUUAAGUAAUAAUGAAAUAUAUAUUUCUGAUGAUAUAAAAAAGGAAGUAAACAAAAAUAAUCAUAAUAAUAAUUAUUCAAGGGAUGGUAAUAUUAACCAAAAUAAAAGUAAUAAUAAUAAAAAUUAUUAUACUUCAUAUGGUGAAAUAAUACAUGAUGAAAACGUUAAAUGUGGGCAAAAUAAUACCAUCAAAGAUGUAAACGAACAAAAAAAAAAAAAUUUCUAUUAUAAUUCUGAGACAAAUAAAGAUGAUUCUUAUACAUUAAAUCAUAAUAUAUCCACAAUUAAAGACAACAACUAUAUAAAUACACAAAGCUCUUCUCUUAUAAAAUUUGAUGAUUUUGCCCUUGAAGAAAUAAAUAAAGAAUUAGAAAAGCUUAUUGAAGAAGAAAAUGAUAUACAAGAAAAAUUAAUUUAUUUGACGGAUAAAGAAUUAGAUAUAACAAUAAAAUUAAAAAAUAUAAAGCACAAGAAAAAUAUACAAGAAAUAGAAAAUAAAAAGAAGGAAUAUCAAGGUGAAUAUCUAACAUAA